CGCGCCAUUACCGAAAAGCCCACAAUAGAUCAAAAGUUUGGUCUCCUCAAAUUCCUUUCAUAAUUCAACUUCUCUAACCUCUUCAAAGCCUUUCUCUUAGCCCCAAUUGACCCUUUCAAUAAUUCCCAGCAUCAAAUCAAAUAAUAAUUAAGAUGCUGCGUCGGCUGGGAAUUCUAGGGCAAAACAUAAGGAAGAGCCCUAGAGUGGCAGAUGAGAGCAUGUUUGGAGGGGGAACGAACCAAGCCGAGUUGCCAAUCAUGGACAGAAGAUCACCGCCGAGAUGGAAGGGUUUUGCGAUCAUUUGCAGCGUCGUUCGAGCUCCGAUUCUGUCAUUGUUUUCGUGCUUCUCUCAACCUCAUAGUCACGUUAAUGGUGGUAACAACUUCACUGCUUAUGGUGUCUGGGCUAGUGGCGAGUUUGCGCAGAUUUCAGAGAUGAACCAUCUCAUGGUAAGUGACAGCAUGCGCUAUGCAAUCUUGAUGUGAAAAACUUAAAAAAUAAAAAUAAAAAGAGAAAUAAUGUAAUUAGUAGCAAAAUUGUUUGGUUUAGAGGAAAAAGAAAAGAAAAGAAAAUAGGGAUUUUUAUGUUUAGACUUUUGUGGGAUCUCCAUGUAAACUUUAUUCCCGUAUUUGUACCGGCAGUGAUAUAUGCAUUAUGUUUAGUGGGGAUGAGAAGUACAA